CAUAAAGGCUAGGCAGGAAGGGAGGUGCUGGCCCAGUCCGUGUUGGAUUGGCUGGCUGGGUGUUUGGGGGGGAUCCCAACCCCCCUUGGCAUGGGAGGGAAUCCCUGGCUUGGGUGAAUCCCCUGUGCUGGGAUCCCUGGGAUGAGCAGCUCCUUAGAAUGGAUCUCGCGUAGGACUCACCUGGGAAAACCCUUCGGGGGGGGAGGGAACCUGGCUUCCCUGCAGCGGGAACUGGCGCCGUCCCAGCCCUGCCCCACGCAGGAGUCAGGGCUCUUCUGGCACGGGGCAGCCCCUCGGUGAGGCUGGGGAUAACCACGGGAGGCAAAGACGAGAUCCCGGAUGGAAAAGCGGCAGAGAGCUCCUCGGUCCUCUCCCCGGCUCCUCGCCCUGCGGCUGCGAUGCUUCAGUGCUCACUCACUCGGUCCCUGGGAGAGGAGCCGAGGCUGGGAGUGUGCAGGGCGGGCAGCUGCUUGCCAGCCCCGCUGGGAGAGCAGAAGCAGUCGGUUUUCCCUUUCCCUCUCUCCUCACCUGCUGUUUCCCCAUGCAGGCCGGGCGCCGGCAGGAGCCUUUGCCAUGGACAGCAGCCAUGGAGGCAGAGACCUGAGUGUCACUAGGAGCCCACCGCAGUGGGAGAUUGGCAUCUACGUCGCUGGUGCCUUGGUGCUGCUGGGGGUCGCUGCUGCCAACCUCUGGAAGCUGUGGCGCUCUGGCAGCUACCCAGCACCUUCCCCCUUCCCCAACUACGACUAUCGGUACCUCCAGCAGAAGUAUGGAGCAGCCUAUUCCGAUGUCAAGCACAAGCGAGGGCUGGCCCCGGGCUCGCAGAGGGCACCGGACAGGAGCUCAGGCAGCCGCAAGCACAGCCUGCAGGCAGAGGACACCUUCGAGAGCAUCGCCGAGCUGGGCAGCCUGGAGCUGAUGAGCAGAGACUUGGCCCACUACGGCCCCCUGAAGAAAUCCAUCUCGGCAGACUCCCUCAACUCCAUCUCCUCCAUCGGGAACAACUUCGGGCAGGAUUUCACGGUGGGGCAGGUGGAGGUCUCCAUGGAGUACGACUCGAGGGCAGCCACCCUGCACGUGAGGCUGCUGCAGGGCAAGGACCUGCUGGAGAAGGAGGAGGUUCGCUUCGAGUCCUGCUUCGUGCGCCUCAGCCUGCUCCCGGCCGAGCAGCUGGUUGGCAUCUCCCGGAUCCAGCGGAGCGCCUACGCCGUGGCCUUCGACGAGCGCUUCUCGGUGCCGCUGCCCCCCGCGGCGCUGGAGGAGCACAGUCUGCGCUUCUCCGCCUUCGGCAUCGACGAGGACGAGAGGAAGGUCAGCGCCGGCGUGGCCGAGCUCAAGCUCUCCGACCUGGACCUGGCCACGCGGCCCUUCAACGCCUGGCUCUACCUGCAGGACGUGAACAAGGCGGUGGACACGGUGGGGGAGAUCCUGCUCUCCCUGAGCUACCUGCCCACGGCCGAGCGCCUGACGGUGGUGGUGGUGAAAGCCAAGAACCUGGUGUGGAGCAAUGGCAAAGUCACCGCAGACCCUUUCGUCAAGGUGUACCUGCUGCAGGACGGGAGGAAGAUCAGCAAGAAGAAGACAGCAGUGAAGAGGGACGACCCCAACCCCGUGUUCAACGAGGCCAUGAUCUUCUCGGUGCCAGCCAUCGUGCUCCAGGAGCUGUCGCUGCGGGUGACGGUGGCGGAGUGCGGCGGGGACGGCCGCGCCGAGCACACCGGGCAUGUGCUGAUCGGGCCGGCGGCCGGCGGCAUGGGCAUCACGCACUGGAACCAGAUGCUGGCCACGCUGCGGAAGCCUGUCUCCAUGUGGCACCCGCUCCGCAGGAACUGAGCCUGCCGCCGGGGGGGCCCCCGGGGCCCCGCGCCCCGCCACCGCCUCUGCCCUGGGGACUGCGGACGCAGCGGCGCUGCCCGGCUGGCCGCUCGGCCGGGAGCUGCUGGCACAGCCUGGGCAGGGCUGAGUGGGGCCCACGGCGCCGGCAGGGCAGAGCUGCCGGGACCCCUCGGCUGGGGCAGGUCGCUGCUGCAGGACCGAGGAUGGAGAAGCUCCUCGGCCGCGUCCCUCCCUGCCCACGUCGCCCUGGCGUGUGCCGGGGGCUGCCAGGGGACCCGCUGAGAAAGAAGCCUCCCUCUAAAUGGACCAAACCCAGCAGCUUCCCCCCCAGACGCCGCUGCCUGGCCACCAGCUGGGCUCCCGGAGGCCCCUGGCACCUCCAGCGCGGGCCCCGA